AGAGUUCACAGGCAGCUGGCGUGUAGGACGCACAACGUGACGACGUCAGUACGUAACGCGGAAGGCGCCGGAAGUCUUUCUGUGUGUGAGAGUGUGUUAGUGUUUCAGGCCGCUGGACGCGAGGUUCUCCCUGCAGAUUAUAAACUGGAGAAGAUGGCGGUAGAGUCGCGGGUGACGCAGGAGGAGAUCAAGAAGGAACCGGAGAAACCUAUCGACCGGGAGAAGACCUGCCCUCUCCUGCUGAGAGUCUUUACCACAAACAAUGGGAGACAUCACCGAAUGGACGAGUUCUCUCGGGGAAACGUCCCGUCCAGUGAGCUACAGAUCUAUACAUGGAUGGACGCUACUUUAAAAGAGCUAACCAGCCUGGUGAAAGAAGUAUAUCCCGAGGCCCGCAAGAAGGGAACACACUUCAACUUCGCUAUUGUUUAUCCAGACACCAAACGGCCGAGUUACAGGGUAAAGGAAAUCGGGAGCACAAUUUCCGGAAGAAAGGGAUCAGAUGACGCAAUGACAUUACAAUCACAAAGGUUCCAGAUCGGAGAUUACCUAGACAUCGCAAUAACGCCACCCAACAGAGCUCCGCCUCCAUCAGGACGAAUGAGACCUUAUUGAUCUUUUAUAUAUUUUUAAGUGGUUUUUUUUUUUUUUUUUUUUUGUA